UUUAUCUGUGAACUUAAUCACUUCGUGGGACGCUUCGCGCCGUAUAAUUUAUUUUUUCGUAUUAUUUCUUUAUAUUUAUCACUAAUAAGUGAGGAAAUUUCGUGGUUGUGGGCCAAGUGUAAACAUCAACCAGUUUCUCACAAAUUUCGCGCUUUAGUUCGAGACAAUGUCUGGUAUAGCAAGUGCACGUUUGGCUGAGGAAAGAAAAGCCUGGCGCAAGGACCAUCCCUUUGGUUUCGUCGCUCGACCUAUGAAAAAUCCUGAUGGAUCGUUAAAUCUCAUGACCUGGGAAUGUGCGAUUCCUGGAAAGAAGGGGACGCCCUGGGAAGGAGGUUUAUAUAAACUGCGUAUGAUUUUCAAAGAUGACUACCCUUCAAGUCCACCGAAAUGCAAAUUUGAACCUCCACUUUUCCAUCCCAAUGUGUAUCCUUCUGGGACGGUCUGCCUUUCACUAUUAGAUGAAGAAAAAGAUUGGCGUCCAGCAAUCACAAUAAAACAGAUUCUCCUUGGAAUUCAAGAUCUACUCAAUGAACCAAAUGUAAAAGAUCCAGCACAGGCUGAGGCUUACACAAUCUACUGUCAAAAUCGAUUAGAAUAUGACAAAAGAGUUCGAGCGCAGGCACGUGCGAUGGCUGCCACUGAGUGACACUGUUUAACAUCAAUACACAAUUGGACUAUUUGCUAUCAACAUGCUAUGUUGCAGAAAGCUACAUGUGAACACUUUGUAUUUGCAGCAGUCUCUAUUAGAAUUGGAUGUAAUUCAGAAACGUGCAAUCAAGAUUGGUACUUGUGAAAAUGGACUGAGUUAUUUCAUAUGCUGCCAUUGGUAUGCAAUAGCUUUCUGCAACAUUGCUAUGGAGCUAGUUCAUGAAGUGCUAUUGUUGAAAUAUUCAUUUUCGUCUAGUAUUACCUAUGAAUUGAGUAUGAAUGAUUCAACAGUACAUUUGAUUUUAUUAAUAUAGAGAUUCCAAUAAACAUUAAGCCAUUUGUUCUAAUUGCUGUUUACAUACUAGAAUUAAUGGUAACUCGU